AUGCUGCGCGCCCUGAGCCGCCUGGGCGCGGGGCCCGGGUGCCGGCCGCCUGCGCCGCUGCUGCUGCUGCCCGCGCGGGGCCGCAAGACCCGCCAUGACCCCCCGGCCAAGUCCAAGGUCGGGCGUGUGGCAAAGGCGCCUGACGUGGACCCCGCGGAGCUCUUCGUGCUGACAGAGCGUUACCGGCAGUACCGCGAGACCGUGCGCGCCCUGAGGGUGGAGUUCAGCGCCGAGGUGCGGAGGAAGGUGCGCGAGGCCCGCGUCGGGGUCCUGGCGGAACGCAAAGCCCAGGAGGACGCCGCCGAGCACAGCGCGCUCAUGGCCUGGAACCUGGCGGAGAACCGGCGGCUGCACGAGCUGCGGAUCGCCCGGCUGCGGCGGGAGGCGCGGGAGCAGGAGCAGCGGCGGGCGGAGGAGCAGGCCCGUCGAGCCCGGGAGGCGCAAGCCCGGGCGCAGCUCAAGGCGCGAGAAGUGCAGCAGCUGCAGGAGGAGGCGAAAAGCUUCAUCACCCGAGAAAACCUGGAGGCAAAAAUUCAAGAAGCAUUGGACUCCCCGAAGAGCUACAACUGGGCGGUCACCAGAGAAGGGCAGGUGGUCAGGCCACAGCACAAGGGUUCCUAGGGACCCAGUGAGGAGAACACCUGCCCAGGGACCGCAUGUGUAUGGGGAGAGGAGGGUUGGGCCUCAUCUGGAAUAAAGUAGUUGGUGUUUCCAAUGAAAAAAGCUCAACCUAUUCCAUUGUGACCCUUAAAACUUCUGUCCUCUGCACUUACCACUUGAUGGGAAAUACCCACACAUAGUACCCUGUUCUGCCCCGGGUGCAGCUCUAAACACACCACCAGACCCUAGAGUUUCCCUCUCACGGAGAAGCAGACUGGGCCAGAGCCACGGCCAGCCAGGUCACCUCCUGAGCAGCAUCUAGGGCAAAUUAUAAUCCAUGGGCCAAAUUGGCCUGCUGCCUGUCCUUAUAAAGUUUUAUUGCAACAUUUCCAUACCCAGUUGUUGACUACUUUCAUGCUACAACAGAGAUGAGUUGUUGCAGCAGAGACCAUCUACUCUACUUUGCAAAGCCUAAAAUAAUUUGUUAAGUGGUGUUACAUGGAAGGAGCUUGCUGACGUCUGAUCUAGAGUUUUAGGGCUCCAGGCAGGAGCUGGUAACACUUGGUACCUGAGACACAAGCUAACCACUGGCCAAAGACCUGCUUCUGCUUGAUCCUGGACUUUGCUGGCAAAGGUGGUGCCCACAGAAAGCCAGGAGACCACACUUCUUCCAGUGACCCUCUCCACCCAUGGCCUCAGUCCCAGCAUCUGCCUGGCACUCCCAGCUUCCUUGGACCACUGACCAGAUUGGUGCUGGCAGGGUUGAGUCGCCCUGGUUGACAAAGGAUUUACUCUUGACUAAACCAAGAGUGGCCUUGUCAAGCCCUGUGGGCAAUGGAGGUACUUGGGAUAAAGUUCACAAAGCUGAAUAGGCGAGCACACAUCCAUGGCCCAUACUCGCAUGCAGGCCAUGAAGCCUAGGAUAGGGUCGAAGAGAUGUUUCCCUGAGCCCGAGCUGCUGUGCCUCUGCCACCAUUUUCCUGAACAGUGCUAUAUCCCUUUCAUCAUUUAUUAGGCUUGUCAGGGUCUUGUUUUCUUUGUCCCUUUGAAUAUUUUAUUGCUACUCAUUGUGACCCGCACUUAGGAGGAAAAAAUUAAGUAACGAAGUUCUAGUAUUUCAGGCAAAGUUUAGGUCAGUGUUUGUGGAUAAUCUUCCGACAUUUAUCACUACUGUCAAGGGGAAGACUGAUUUGAGAGUGACAGGCUGAUUAAAUCACACCUCUUGGACACUUUGUUGGUCUGUGACUAUGCAGGUGUUUUUCUUCACAAGCCUCCCUUUGCAGGGGCCUCCCUGGUGGCGCAAGGGGUUAAGUCACAGCACUAUGAAGCUAUCGGCAGCCACUGCAGCACCAGUUUGAUCCCCGGCUAGGGAGGUGACCUACAUGGCACGACAGACCUCUCCUGUCUUGCCCGCUGCUCCCCUCAGCAGUGUAUUUCAGUACAUCUACCUGUUCUGCUCCUCACUCUGUCUCUGGUGAAUCCUCUCACCCCCGCACCUGUGGCCUGUACCCCAAUUCUUCUAUGCAUAAAUAAAUCUUUAAAAAACU